UCCAGCCGCAUCCUGAGCUCCGGAGCGCGCGGCGGCGCCAGAUCUCUGUACCGGGAGUCGGUGGGGCUUCCUGCGACGGAAACAUGGCGGCUACCAUGGAAGAUGAACUAGACACAGUCAACGACGAUUAUUAUUCUCUGUUGAACGUGAGAAGAGAGGCAACUCAGGAAGAGCUGAAGUCCUCGUACCGGCGACUGUGCAUGCUGUACCAUCCAGAUAAGCACAGAGACCCUGAUCUCAAGAGGCAGGCCGAGCAGUUGUUCAACCUUGUUCACCGGGCAUAUGAAGUUCUUAGUGACCCCCAGACUCGAGCCGUAUAUGACAUUUUUGGAAAGAAAGGACUGGAAGUGGAAGGAUGGGAGGUGGUGGAGAGGAAGAAGACGCCUGCAGAGAUCAGGGAGGAGUACGAGCGCCUGCGGAGGGAGAGGGACGAGAGGAGGCUACAGCAGAGGACCAAUCCCAAAGGGACCAUCAGCGUAGGAGUAGAUGCUACAGACCUGUUUGAUCGUUAUGAGGAAGACUUUGAGGAAAUGCCAGGAGGAGGGUUCCCUCACAUUGAGAUUAACAGGAUGCACAUAUCGCAGUCUGUUGAGGCUCCGUUGACCACGACGGACACGGCUGUCCUUUCAGGCUCUCUGACCACGCACAACGGAAACGGCGGCGGUAAUAUCGGCCUGUGUCUGAGACGAGUCACCUCGACACGCGGCUGGGGAGAGCUGGAGUUGGGAGCCGGAGACAUCCGAGGGCCUCUUUUUGGAAUGAAAGUAUUCCGUAAUGUUACUACACGAUGCUCUGUGACUGCGCAGUGCGGCGUGCAGUUCUCCUCACGUGGCGUGCGGCCGAGCGCCAGCACCAUGAUGGCACGUCACCUGGACCAGAACACGAUGGGCUACCUGCAGUGGCGCUGGGGCACCGAGUCGGCCAUGACCACCAGCCUCGUCCGAGACACCAAGACCAGCCACUUCACUCUGGCCCUCCAGCUCGGCAUGCCUCAUUCUUACCUGAUGAUGAGCUACCAGUACAAAUUCCAAGAUGAAGAACAAACCAAGGUCAAGGGUUCUGUCAAGACUGGGUUUUUUGGGACGGUGGUAGAAUACGGCGCCGAGAGGAAGAUCAGCAGGCACAGCGUUCUCUCGGCGACAGUCAGCAUCGGGGUACCUCAAGGAGUCUCUCUGAAAAUCAGGUUAAACCGAGCCAGCCAGACGUAUCUUUUCCCCAUUCACCUGACAGACCAGAUCUUACCCAGCGCUGUGUUUUACGCCACCGUCGGCCCUCUGCUUGUCUACGUAGCGGUUCAGAAGCUUAUAAUCAAGCCUUAUGUACACGCCCAAAAGGAGCAGGAGCUGGAAAAGCACAGAGUGAACUCGGUGACUGAUAUAGCCAAGAAGAGGCAGGAGGCUGAGUCUGCUGUGUUACUGAUGCAGGAGUCUGUGCGAAGAAUCAUUGAAGCAGAAGAGUCCAAAAUGGGUCUCAUCAUCUUAAAUGCCUGGUACGGCAAGUUUAUGAUGGACACCAGUCAGAAACCCGAGCGAGCGAAGGUCAUCGACGUGACGGUGCCUCUGCAGUGCCUGGUGAAAGAUUCCAAACUCAUCCUCACUGAGGCGUCAAAGACGGGGUUGCCCGGCUUCUACGACCCGUGUGUGGGAGAAGAGAAGAGUCUGAAGCUGCUCUACCAGUUCCGAGGAGUCCUGCACCAAGUGCUUUCCGGAGACUGCGAAGCUCUUCGGAUACCCAAGCAGUCUCACAGGAUAGCGAGAGAUGGCGAGAGGUAGGAUUCUGCCCCACGCGUGAAAGACAGACGGACGACGGAUGACGGACGUCGACCGAAGGGAAGUCAGAAGGGCUGUCCGAUUUUUCCCGCCGUGAAUUUGAGUGUGUAAACCACGCCCACUUUUCCUUUACCCUCGAUCUCAUUAGCAUAUCCACGAUGGAGAGAUUUGAGACAAGAACGCGGUUCACACAGAGCACGGUUACGAGCGAGAGGAUUUAAUUUACCCUGAGAUGUGUUUCUUUACAAAACAGGAGAUCGGUAAGGAAGUGCGUACUAGCGUUAGCAUGUGCGCGUUCCUACUGAACGCUUUUCCUACUCGCUCUCCGACACUUUGUCGGAAAUUUGUCGUGCUUGCAAUUUUCUGGGAUAUACGUAUGCACGCUAAAGAGCGAGAGCGUUUAAUUGGAAAGAGUACUUGUACUCUUUCCAAUUAACCUUGGUGUAACCUUUCACCACUUACUUUAUUUGCGCCUACAUCAUCAAGAGACUCGUACAAAAUGGCUCUUAAACACAAAAAAACUGCCGACACGACAGCUUCCCCAACACGGCUACAAAAUAAAUAAAAUCAGAAUUAAAAAAAAUAACAUGCUCUGUCUAAGUGGGAGGGGCAUAUUCUUCUCACCUGUCAAUCACACCAGCGCUAGCCAAUCGUAUGCGAACGUGAGCAUCAAUCGUAUGCGGAAGAGGGCAGAUGGCAGAUGGCGUUUUCCUCGGUGUGUUUUACUGAGUUGGAAACGAUGAGGCUUCACGUGUCCUGGAGGAAUCCUCCAUCUGCCCUGAUUGUAGCUGUCAUAUGACAGGGCAGAUCUGGCUUGUAUGGUGGGAUUUGUCAGGUGACUAAAUCGUGUUAAACACUUUACCACAGCAGGUUAAUCAACACCAGUUACAUGCUCAGUUUCACUUUUCUCUGUCUCGCAUUAAACAGAAGGUCUGUGAUUAUUCCGUCAUUAUGUCAUAUUUAUCUAUAGCUACUUAUCACCGUAAUGUGAAACUCUUACGAAGGAUGUUAUAUCGCACAAAUAUACUUUUGAGCAAAGGAACUGAACGUCUUAUUGGAUGGUACAGAGUUUUUAACGAACACACCCGAGAACCAGAAACUUAAUAUUCAGGUUUUUAUUUUCUCCCCUUCAGUGUGUUAUAAAGUUUAAAGUUUAAAUUCAUACGUCAGUUGUAUUGUGUAUUAAUGUAUAGUUCAUUAAAGCUUAUUAUAACACAAUUAUCCUUUUGCCAGAUCAGUUUUUUUUUGUUCUGUGAUCAGGUAUUCUGUAUUUAUUAUUAUGUCACAGAUGCAUGUACAAUUAUGGUUAUUGUAUUUGAAUAGAACUAAGUAUAAGAAUGUCACCACUGAUUUGUUUUUGUUUAUUUUUUUUUUGUUUGUCUGCUUUUCCUACACUUUCUUUGCUUGAAUUGUGUUCUCUGACAAACUUCGCAAGGUUUCGAGCGAGCCUGAGCAGGAUAAAGUUACUGAAGACGUAUAAAUAUACGAACGAAUCGUUACUCCAGCUGCACGUGUCGUUUGAGAACAAAUCGACUCUUUGAUUCGACUCCAUUUACGAAAGGUACGAAAUGUGAACGUAAAUGAGCCGCAUCCGGUUUAUAAUGCUAUUAUGAUAUAGAUACUGUAUUUAUAGCCCUUUUAGGAGAGAGAGAGAGAGAAAAAGAGUCGGUGAGUCGAGUCAGACGAUCUCAAAUGACUCUCUGACACACGCAUAGCUGUGCAUUUGUCAACAUUUAAACGCGUUCCUUCAACCUCAUCCUCACAAAAGUUCAUGAGGGUUUUGUUUUUCCUUUAAAUCCCGAUUUCUUCAUUGUUA